AAACAACAACUGAAGCUGAAAGAGAUCUAGCGAGACAACUUUUUUGUUUCUACUGGAAUUUAUUGAUGGUUUUAGAGCGGGCAAAGAGGGAGACAUUUGUGAAAGCUUCAAAGAUGACACGAGAACAGUACAUACUGGCAACACAGCAAAACAAUCUGCCAAGACCAGAAAACCCUCAACUUUAUCCAGUAGGAAUUUAUGGUUGGCGAAAGAGGUGCCUAUAUUUCUUUGUCCUCUUGCUGUUGGUUACCAUGAUCGUUAACUUAGCAAUGACGAUAUGGAUACUGAAAGUUAUGAAUUUCACAGUGGAUGGAAUGGGGAAUCUGAGAGUCACCCAAAAAGGAAUUCGGCUCGAAGGUAUAUCUGAAUUUCUACUUCCAUUGUAUGUGAAAGAAAUCCAUUCCCGAAAGGAUAGCCCACUGGUCUUACAGUCUGACAGGAAUGUUACAGUGAAUGCAAGAAAUCACAUGGGACAGUUGACAGGACAGCUGACUGUAGGAGCUGAUGCUGUAGAAGCCCAGUGUAAAAGGUUUGAAGUGAGCUCAAGCGAAGAUGGGAGGGUGCUCUUCUCCGCUGAUGAAGAAGAGAUUGUCAUUGGAGCGGACAGACUGAAAGUAACAGGCACAGAAGGGGCAGUGUUUGAGCACUCUGUGGAGACACCCCAUAUCAGAGCAGAACCUUCCCAAGACCUCAAGCUUGAAUCGCCAACUAGGUCUUUAAUAAUGGAAGCUCCCAGAGGAAUACAAGUGAGUGCAGCUGCGGGGGACUUAAAAGCCAGCUGUAGGAAAGAACUACACUUGCAAUCUACAGAAGGGGAGAAGAUAACCUUUGCUCAAGCAAAGCGAAGUCGCAUCUCUUCACUGCUGAAAAGAAAUGCUUCACCAGUGUGAGCCAGAACUGUUGUCAUUGGUAUCUGUGGAAUAUGCUCCUGUCCCUGCUACACGACUCAGUAGCUAACUGUUCGGACUCAGUCUGAAGAGGAGGUGAUCUGAGCAAGAGAGGAGCAGCGAGGCUGUCCUAGCCAAAUUUGCUACAAUAUAUGUGUUCAGGAGCGAGGAAACUGUGAAAGGCCACAGUUCUGGUUUCUCCCCCUUUAAACUUGCUAAUUCCCCAUACAUGAGUUGAAGGAAUCCCACUAAUGCUAGACAGAGUCUGUUAACAUUUGCCCCUGCUCUGUAAAAAGUUUUAUUUUUAAAAUUAUAUCCCACGUUCCUCACUCUAGGUAACUAUUAUUUUAAAAUAAUCAUUAAAACACAGGCCAGCAUCCUAACGAAAGCUCACCUGUGCGUGCAUACAUGCAUGAAUGAAUGAAUGAAGUAUAGGUGUAGCAGUAGCAUCCUCACUUUGGAAGCGUGGGUGCUCAUGUGUGGGUUGGUGAUUUUUAUCGAUCUCCCCUUCCCCAAGUUUCCCUUUUGAGAGGAUUUAGAUUUUAAACCACCCUCCUGUGUUUCAAAGGGGGGGAAUAUGUCUUUAUUCAUCAUAGAGUAUCCCAUUUUGUUCUAGCUUAAUUGUUCUCCUUAGUUUCUAGUAUAUAGUAUUUAGAUGCUGAAACAUGUUGAGGUUGCUGUUCCUUUGGUGUAUUCUGAGUGUAGAAAUGAAUUUUCCAGAUGCAAUCAGAGAUGAAGAAGUCCUUCACUCCCUUCAUCCCUUCUAAUUGAAAAAGACUUCUUGAUCCAGUGAUGGGUUUCUUUUUCAUGAAUUUGGGUCCUAGAACUGAAGUGCCUAUCUAAAUUACUUUAGUUCUAGCUAAUGCAAUUAAUUUGAAGUUUUACUCUUUUGUGGCUUCUUUUGUUUCUGACUGAAUGGUAUAAUGAAUUCUAGGAUGUGAUGGCAAUAUGAUUUGAGUUGAUGAGAUGAUAGUCCUAUCAUUAGGAAAGAAAAAAACUGAAAUGAGAUUGUCUCUCAGGCAAUCUGCCUAAAACAUGCAUCCACAAUUUGUUACUGAAGGCUCAUAAUACCAUCCUUACUUACUUACUCCAUUACACACCUCUGGUAAGUCAAUUGCUCAUUCCUCAGCUAUACAGGGCACAUGUGAUUUUACCAGUUCCUCUUUUCCAUGAUUGGUUUGGAGGCCUUAAUUUCCCAUGAUAAGAAUCAAUUUUGUCAAGUGACAGAAAAAGUAAUUAAAUAUUUUCAGUCCAUGGCUGCUCGAAUAAACAUCACUUUCUGGAAAUAUCUAGCAAGCUGAAGGACAGUGACAACAUCUGUUUUUUUAUGUUAAUAAUGAGAAAUUAGGGUCACUUUAUUUGUCCUAAUAGACAAAGAAUGGUAUUGAUGUACAGAUGAUCGAGUUGUGCCUAAUGAUCUAAAUUUACAGCUUUGCUACUACUGCUGCUGUUCAGUUUGAUAUAGAUGAAAGAAUAAAUAGUGUCAGCCUCCAGGACAGACUGUCUAUAUUAAGCUACUGCAAAACAAAACAAAAAGAACAAUAUCCAGUGUUCAUAUGAAAUAUUGAUGCCUUUAAAAUCUCUUAAUGUUGAAAAGAGAAACUACUAUCAUUACCUAGUUUCAUUCUAACUGAGUGGGAUUAGUGUAUGAUUAUACAGCGAUAAAUGACAGGAAAUCAAAGCAUAAUCCCUUUAAAAUGAGUUAUGAUCAUUCAGCUUGGCCACAUUCAUGCAUAACUGUAGAGCUGAUUAUUAUAAUCCAACAGCUUCCAUGCAAUCAGGAGGCAUGUUGACCUUUUCUCCCCGUCCAAAUUUCUUCUAUCGUACCACUACUAAAGGCUCAUUCACACAUGCAAAUCAACACUCUUUAAGUGGGUGAUUAUCCAUCCUGCCAUCGAGCUAUUGAUGUACCAACCAUGUUGAUGUAUUCGCCAUGCUUCGGGGAUAGGCUAAAAAGAUGAUACAAGAGAAGAUGGUGCAACAGAAGUGUUUGUGUACUGUUCAGGCUCCUACAAUCAAAGCUGGAACAAGUGUGUGGAUUCACAUGUCAUAUGAUGGUUGAAAGUGUCCUUGAAAGUGGGUGCUAUACUGGAUGUGAACGUUUUCUCAAAUGAAGCACUUCUGUCUCCUUUAGCCAAUUCACUUUUGCAAUGUUUUUAAAGCAGCCCUAAAUUUCUCUGUUCCUAAAUGUUGAUAGGCUCAGAAUGUGUGCUCUAGGAGGAAAAAUCACAGAAGUCAUUCUGAUAACUUCUGGACUAUAGCAGACUGGGGAGUUCUGUGCUGUGUUCUUCUAUGCUGUAGAAGCCAAUAAAAAUGAAAAUGCUUUGAGAUCAUUAAAGUAGAAUGAACAUCUGA